UUCCAGUGACUCGUUCGCGACUGUACUGAUUUGACGUCGACGGUCAGAAAGGCUACAGUAAAAGUUCGCCUGCUGGAGUGUUGGCUGGACUCUGUGUGAUUCGGAUGUAAUGUAGAGGCAGUGUUAGAGUUAGAGAGGCAAUAUUAUUGUUAUUGAUAAAAGUAAUAAUAUUAGCUAGCCAGUACCGCUGUUGGUUUACAAGCUGUGUAGUGUGUAGUGUAGGGGAGAGGGGGAGAGAGGCAGUGUGAGAAAGAGAGAGAUAGAGAGACAGAGAGGCAUACAUAGGGAGAGAGAAAGAGAGAGUGAGUGUGAGAGUGUGCGAGUGAGUGUAUGUGAGUGGUGGUGGAGGCGAUAUGGAGGCUCUAUGGAUGCUGCUGCUCCUGGUGGUCCCGCUGCUGUGUUUGACCAGCAGCACGUUCGUGUUUUAUUUUAAGAAGGUCUUCUACGUGGUUUACAUGAUGCUGCUGGCCAUGAUCACCAUCCCGCUGUGUGUGCUGAAGAGCGGGGGCAGGGACAUUGAGAACAUGCGGAUCAUCCGCUUCAUGGUGCGUCAUGUGAAGUACUUCCUUGGUCUGCGGUUUGAGGUCAGUGGCUGGGAGCACCUGCAGACUGAGGGGCCUUACGUAAUCAUCUCCAAUCACCAGUCGUCUCUCGACGUGUUGGGUAUGAUGGAGGUGCUCCCAGACCGCUGCACCCCCAUUGCCAAGAAGGAGUUGUUGUGGGCGGGGACUGUGGGCCUGGUCUGCUGGCUGGGUGGCGUCGUCUUCAUUAACCGCAAGAAGACCAGUGACGCCAAGAGUGUCAUGGAGGAUGCGGCCAAGACCAUGCUGCAGGACCAGAUCCGUCUGUGGGUGUUUCCAGAGGGAACAAGGAAUCAGAAAGGGGAUAUUUUGCCCUUCAAGAAAGGAGCGUUCCACCUGGCUAUUCAGGCUCAGGCGCCCAUUGUUCCUAUGGUGUUCUCCUCCUACAGUAACUUCUACCUACGGAAAGAGAAAGAGUUCAAAUCAGGAACGAUCACCCUGAAGAUCCUUCCGAAGAUCGACACGAAGGGGUUGACGUCGGAUGACGUGACGUCGCUCUGCGACGAGUCCUACGCUCUGAUGCGCUCCACCUUCCUGGAAAUUUCUGGCCAGCCGCCUCAGAGCAACGGGCCGUCCACCCACUGAACAUUCCGUGGCCCCGCCCACUCUCAUUGCCUCUCACAACCAGGAUGCUCUGCAGUGGCUCAAGAAUAGUCGUAGUCAUGGUGACCGUGACCGUGGCAACCAGACGCUUCCAGUAUCUCCUCCUGUGUCCACGUGAAGCAUUCUCAAGACACCUACACUCUUACACAAACAUACAAAAACACACACACAGCUACACUUCGAGUUGAACACCGACAGUCGGCUGGUCUCAUCUCUUCAUUUCUGGUCUUUUGUUGGGAGCUUUGGGCAGUGCAGGUGUGGGGUUUACUGAGGACACUGACCUUUGACCUUGCCUCUUUGGACGUUGGACCGUUCCUUCUGUGUUCCUUCUACAGUCUGGCUUGGAGCGUUUCUCUUUCUUUUUUUUUUUUUCCUCACCCUUUUUUAAACUUUUUUUUUUUAUUUAUGUAUUUCCCAUUGCUGACAGGUUCGGUGUGGAGCAGAACUCUCAGAACUUCAGUUCGUGUGGAUGUGCAUUCAUUAUGCAUGCCUUCAGACGCUUUGUCUGUCUCUCCGGCUUUUCAGAUCCGGUUUGAUACGUUUCUCCAAGCUUUUGCUUCCACUCGUUCAGUGACGGACACCUUUCUUUUUUUCGUUCUUUCUUUUUUUUUUUUUAUUGUUUCAUUGUUCAUUUUUAUGUCUUUUCUUUUUAUGUGCUUUCUUUGGUCGUCACCCCUGCCUUACUGCCCCGCCAAUGAAAACGUCUCAAACUUCUCAAAACCUUACAGCAUCAGUCCACCAAUCGGAAGGCAUCAACCACUCCAAGUCCCGCCCUGUAAAGUUGAAGCCUGAUGUCAGAUCAGAAACUUCCGCUCCCUCUCUCUCUCUCAGAACUCUCGAUUGUUUCUGCACACAAAUGAAUGAGCCAGAAGUUUCCAGAACUUUCUUCUACGUGGCGAAGUUCUCAAGACUUGAGUAGAACAGUCUACAGUGUGGCUGUAACUGGGGUAACAUUUCAUUUCGUUCAGCCUCGUCAAGCAGAGUUUGCAUGAGCUUUCUUCUCGUACCUUAUUUAUUUUGUAUACUUGUGCUUUUUUCAAAUCGAAAAUUUUGCCUUUUGCCCCUCUGAGCUCCUGCCCUGUUUGGAAAGUGUACCUACGAUCUCCUCGCAAACGUGUCAAAAUCGAAAUAAGUGCAUUGUUGGGUUGUACCAAUACUAAUGCUCCAAAGUGCAAGCUUCUUACUGUGCCAUGUGUCCAAAGUCUCUCAGCUAAAGGCAUUGCUAGCCGAACUGAUCUGUGAUCACAGUCACUGAAUGGAGAUUCAGAUGAAAAUCUGAAAAACUGAUUCUGGAAUAUCGAUCCUGCAGAUAUUUGAUAGAUGAUGACGCAGCGUGCUUACGACUGUCGGAGGUCGUCGGCUGCAGUGCCACGUCAAAGCUUCCAAUAAUACCAAGUUAAUCCCAGUGUGCUAUUUAACAGUUCUUAAACUGUUCAUUAUAAUGAACAUAAUUGUGAAAAAUAUAUUUCUAACAAAGGUUGUAAAGAGAUAUAUAAAUAUAUAUAAAAUGUGGGGAAUAUUUAGGGAGGGCCGAUUUCAGAACAAGUAUUAUCUACAACCAGACUGAACUAAACUAUUAACCCUCCAUAUGACUCCUAAGAACUCUUCUAAUUUGAGAAUAUUCCAAAGUAUACCAAUAAAAAAAAAACAGAAUUACGGAAAGUUGUUUUUACAUAGAUAAGUGAAUAUAAUUACAUUAUUUAAGAGCUAACUACAUGAAAAUCAGGAAUUAUUGUUAUUAUUUUAUUAUUAUUGCAAGCUUUCUUGCCAAUUUCAGGUUCUAUUGAUCCGCCUGAAGCUUAUCUUUUUUGUGUUAAGGAUCAUCUAAGAAUGUAGCUUGGCAAUCAACAUAUUAAAAUUUAUAAUUUAAAAAGAAAUGCCCCAUUGUAUUGUUGUUUUGGUUUUUGUUUAGUUUGUAUUUUUUUCAUUUUCUAUUUUUUGGACUGACCAGUUGGUGUAUUGAAAGCCCAUUCACACCAGGUUGAGGAGCCUGUUGAUUUACUUGGUAUCUUAAUGUAAUGACUUUAAUGAUACUCAAUCUUUUUUUAAUAUAGUUUCUCAGUUUCUAAUAUUACCUUAAAUACCAUAAUUCAUCUCAAAACAAUGAUUGCUUACAUACUACCUGUACCUUAAAUACUGUGAAGCAUCUCAAAACCAGGAUUGCUCUGGGAAGCUCAUCCUAAAAAAGUGAAUUUUAUGAGUAAAUGUUUACUCAUAGUAUUUAAUAGUUACUGAUUAUAAUUAUUCAGCAGUUUGUUUCUUAGAUCAGUAUCUCAAAUGUCCUGUAAGUAAAGACAUUUGUUUUAAAAAUGUAAAAUAAAAGAUUCAGGUAUUCAAUCACUUAUAUUCUCAAGGUUUUGUGUUAUCUCAGUUUGUUAAGGUUUUAUUGAAAACUGAAUUAGAAUCUUGAAAUAAGUUAUUUUCUCUAAAUAAUUUAGAGUUAAUGACAAUUUUAAAUUUUGACUUAGUAUCUAAAAUUAAUGGCUUUUUGCUUGAAAUGUUGACAUGGUAUCUUAAAAUCCCAUGAUAUAGAAUAUUUAUCUGUAUAUAUUUUUCUAUAUUUUUAUUUUUUUAAUAAUUAACAACAUAUUUUUUUUUUCUGGCAUUAUUGGACAAUUUUCAAAAUUUCAAAAGUUUAGGCACACCUCUUCUCAUUCAACGUGUUUUCUUUCUUUUUUAUGAUUUUCUACCGUCUACAUUUAAUAUAGAAGACUUUAAUAAAAAAUAUACAGGAAUACCUGCUGAAUUGUUUAGUAAAGAAAAAGUGAUAAACAAACCAGAAUAUGUUUUAUACUUUAGAUUCUUAGCCUAAGUAGCACAUUUCGCUUUAAGGACAGAUCGGCACACUCUUUGUUCUCUUUUUAUCUCAGUGUUUUCAUGAGGUAGAGUCUCCUGGAAUAUUUUCUUAGUGUCUUGAAGGAGUUCCUGGAGGUGCUGAACAACACGUUGUGAAUCUACAGCUCAUCCCAAAUUACCAUCUCAAUAGGUUUAGGUCAUAUGUAUCCAUUAAUUAUUUGUAUGUAUUUAAUAUAAAUCUACAAUGUAGAAAAUGAAUGAAAACAUUAAAUGAGAAGGUGUAUCCAAACUUUUACUGGUUCUGCAUGUACAUCACCCAGAAUUUCCAUAUUAGCGCAUACUUAAUCACAAUUAUGAUCUAUUUGGCAUUCGAUCUUUUGAAUUAGUAUCUCAUAGAUACUAAUAGAUCUUGUGAUGAGAGAUCAGGAUAUUAUCUGUUUUAAACAGUUGUCAUUUUCUUAAUUCUAACUUCUAUCUUCUGAGAACAUCAGUUUUAAUAUGAAUACCAUUCUUUAACCAGAAAUAGAAAUAGACUAGAUCUAGCUCAGUGCAUCCAAUAAGUGAUCCAUUAAACUGUGCACUGGAUCGGAUCAGGACGUCACUAUAAUAAUGGUGUCUUAAUUCUUGAAAUUAAGUUUUUCAUUAUUUUAAGGUACGUAAUUAAUUAAAAUUCAUGAAUGGAAGUCAUUAUGUUGAGAUACUGGGUCCAUAUGUUGCCAUACUGCUUCCAGAAACUGUUGUGAAUGAGCUUUCCAAAUCAAAUAUGCUAUUUAAAUCAGAAGAGGACUGGUAUGUAAUUGUUUUCUAUAUUUGUUAUAUUUGUUUAGAAGAUUCUACAAUUCUUGUUUUUUUUUAAUUUAUUUUAAAUACAAAGUGUUGAAUGUUCUUCCCCUGUUGGCCGGUUUCGACCCAUGUAGUUAAAUAUUGAACUGUAAAGUUUAGAUCAAAACUUGGACGUAUAAUUGUCCUUCAGCUCUGAUUCAAAAGUGAAAAGCUGGAUAUUAGUAUUUCAAUUCUGUGUUAUGAUGUUAUUUGUUGAUAUAAUUAAUAUGAAAGUAAUUUAUAUUGUUAAGGCACUUUUAAUUUCGACUACUGCAGCAUUGAUUAUUUUCUUUCCCCCCAGCUUUUGUUUUUUAGAUUUUUGUUUUUGCUUAGUUUUUUCUUCUUUUUUUGCCUAAGGGAAAAAAUUAUGGCAAAAUGUGUACUAACAUGUUGUGAUGUCCACCAAAGCUGCUCAUGGUGUAAAACUGGUGAUAGUUCUAGAUGCCGUAUCUCACAUCUGAGCGGAGAAGAGUCCAACAUCUCCUUUGCUGGUGUUCGAUUUCAAAGCCCAUAGUAGUAUCUGGUAUUAUAUAGAAUUAAACACAAAUGUAGUGAGCUGUACGCUUGCACAGAAUCUGGACACAGCCUGUGUAAAGAAUGCCUUGGAACAGUGAAAAAUAAUAAAUUUUGUUCUUUUUUUCCUA